AACAUCAUUACUGGUGAAGGCACAGACGGGAGCACACGCGCCUCAACGCAGUAACCCUCACCCCUCGGCCUCUCUCCCCUCUCAAGGCAACAUCCGCACGGCCCCGCGUGCGAGGGUGGUUCAGUAUAAGGGAAUGAAGUGAGUAAUAGAGGAUCCAGUCUUCCGUGUGGCAGCGUGAGGGGAUCGCGGCCCUCCUGAGUGGCAUCCCGACCCUCCCUUGUCUCGCCCCGCCGGACACGAUCCCUUCAGAUGGUUUUAAGUACGUGACCACAUGACGAUGUACCACAUGGCUAUGCCUCCCCACAUGGGGGGUCCCCAUCCCCCCCCUGUUCAUUCCCCCUUAUUUCCUUCCCCAAUCCUCCCUCCUCCCAUGCCUCACAGUUAUGCAGUUCACUCCUUCCCUCAGACCCACGUGCCUCACCCCUCCCCCUCCGCCCACUCCGCCCACUCUUCCCACUCCUCGCACCAGAGUCACCUCACCCAUUCAGCGGCGGCAGCGGUGGGGGCGGCCAGUGUGUCCAUCGCCGUGGGCUCGGGAAACUCUGCCCUGCUCACCCAUCCUUCCCCAAUGCUCUCGCAGCCCUCACCCAUCUAUCCCCCCCAGACCUCAGUGUAUGUCAACCCCUACCUGCCCCCUCAGUUGCCUCACUCCCAUGCCCACUCCCACCCCCAACACCAACACCAGCACCAGCACCAGCAUCAGCACCAGCACCAGCACCAGCACCCCUCCAACAUGGGGUAUGGUAUGCCUCCUGCCAUGGGGGGAGGUCUGGCCCCGGGGAUAAUGCCCCCCCAGCAGUCCAACAGCCAGGCAGCUGCCCCAUCCCUGAGCUCAGGGCCGGUCAUGUCAGUGGAUGAGGAACUUCUGGAGGAGAUGAACACCCUCCACUUGGGCUAUAUAGAAACUGAAGACUCUCCGCACAAGCUGGAGCAAAGGGAGAAACUAGAACGUGAGAUCAUGGAAUACCUGGCCAUCACACCACACUCCCACAAGUUCAUGUUUCGCCAAAUCUCUGAGGCGUUGGAGACGAGCAUCAACUCCUGCAGUGACUUCAAUGCCUACAGUGCUGCGUGUGCUUUCGAUGCCCUGGCUCAGUAUGCCGCCAACCUCAUCACACAACCCUGGAGGAGAGAGUUCAAGGAAAUUAAGCUGUACAGUGGGUUCUGGGUGCACCAGGUGGCUCACCACUUGGCCGGUGCUGAAAGCAUCCUCUCCUUGAUGGGAUAUGCUCCCCAGGCCAGUCCCCCACCAGGCUCCUCUGCCUAUAGGGAUCCUUCCUGCCUGGUCCUGGAGGGUGUGCUGGAUCCAGACCUCAUUUCCAGGCUUGCUCUUGACUGUCUGAUUGCAUACUGUGAAUGCCAGGUGCUCAAGAAGAUCAGUGAAGGUGUUCGUGAGUUUGGUCUGUCUUGGCGGCAGAUCCUACAGUUCCGUCAGCAGUACGUAGGGGGUGUGGAUGUCACGGUGCGGCACCUCCUCUUUACCCUUCGGCAGCGGCUGCAGCCCCAGAGCCAAGCCGAGUCCAGCCACAAGCAGGCCACAUCCUCUUCAGGACCUCCGCUGCCCGUCCGCCAGUCCUCCAUGAGUGGCCCCUCCUCUUCCCCAGUGUCCUCCCACCAGCCACCCCCACCCCCACACCAGACCCAGGAGAAGAAUGUAGCAGCAGCAGAACAAAUGAUGCCUCUGGAGCAGCAGCAGAGAACAAGCACCACCGGCAUCAGCAGCAGAAGCAGCAGUUUGGAACAGCGUGUUCUAGGAGGGAGUGGAGGAGGAGGGGGAGGAGCAGGAGGUGGUGGAGGUGGAGGUGGAGGCUAUCACCAUCAGGGUGUUCACCAUCUUCACCACCAUCCAAGUAACCAGGCACCACAAGCUGCCACUACCACAGCAGGAGGGAUGACAGUCAAUGCAGCAUCAGGACCUCCACACUCCUACUCCCGCAGCGCUGACACGCCAGACACAGCAAAAAGUAUAAGUAGUUUGGGUAUGCUGCCCCCAACAAGCCAAGUCCCUACAGCCAAACUAAUCGACCUGGACUCCUCUCUUGAGGCUCUGCCAUCAAGAACCAGCUUACAGCUUCUUCCAAAGGUCUUGCCACACAAAAGAAGUUCAAAAUCGAGUGGAAGCAACCGCACCCUGCCUCCAUUAGAGAAUUCUGAAUCCUGUCCUCCACCUCCCCCGCCCCCUGAAGUGUUCCAGGCGGGCACCCUGGACGAGCACCUGGAGGCAACGCUGUCCAUUGUGAAGGACCCCAACAGAAACUCGGUUGUGCAUGCCACCCCUAAUGACCAGGGAGCCACCUCCUGGGAGACCUGGGACUUUGUCUACCGUGGUUUGGAGAAGCGAGGCUAUAACAAGGACAUAGGUGAUCGUGGUGACAUCCUGCACCAGAUAACGCGGCAGAACCUUCAUGUGGAGGCCGCGGCACCCCAAGGUAAGAGUGUUCCCCUCAAUAAUAAGAAGGAGGUGGGGAAAAGCAAACCACUUAACAUCAAUCAGGCACUACAGGCUCUCACUCUCAGUGAGACUAGGGAGAGGAUGGAAAGGCCCUCCCCCUCCUCCAAGAGUUCACACUCUGCCUCUCAUGGUCCUGCCCCAGAUGUCUUCCCGGGCCUCACUAAGAGGAACAGCCUGUAUGACAACCUUUCCACAGGCUUUGAGACGGCACCCCAGGACAGCGACGACUACGAGGAGCAGCGGCCAGUCCUCAAGAAGACCAGCAACCUGGCACGGGUUGACAACAGGUUGGACAUGAGCAACAAAAAUAACACAAGCAGCUCCUCCUCACCCCGCAGUCUUAGCCUGAGCAGCAAAGGUUCCCACAGCAGACAGGAGCUGCCCUCAGAGGUCAGCCGCUCUGCUGCUGCUGCAGUGCAGCAGGGAAGUGGUGGUAUUGCCAUAACUGAUGCUCCCACGCCAUCCCGGGACAACCAGCCGCCCAAAGAGAGCCUCAUGCCACAAGUGCCCUGGUCCUGCACCACCUGCACCUUCCUAAAUGACAAGGGGCGCAAUGUCUGUGACAUGUGUGGGAAGUCGCGCACGCCUGGGCCAGAGACUCGGCCCCUCAUUUCUGGUGGCCGGCAGUGCCCACAGUGUACCCUUAUAAAUGAGAGGGAGGCUGUAGACUGCUCGGCCUGUGGGGUACUUCUGGAGGGUUCUUCCACUUAUAUUUAGGAGAGAAGUAAGUUGUGAGUGAAAAGAAUUUUACUGUGAAUGCCAAAGCAAUCAUAUAGUUUCCAAUAAACUCUUGGUGUGUUGAGUAAACAUUUAAUGUUAUGGAAAUUACUAGUGAGACCUCUCCCCUCUCUGUAUCCUACAGUGAUAUCUUUGUUUUUAUUUGCCCUUGUGUUGCAGUCCUCCAUUGUUUCUGGCAUAUGGCCCUCCCUCUUCCUUGGUCCUAACCCUUGUUGUAGCAGGUGUUUACAGCAGCCAGCCAGCCAGCCAGCCAGCCAGUACCACCACCACCACAAGGCUUACCUAGACACAGACCCACAACCCAGAAAGAGUUACCAUGAAUGCAUCCAGGAGAAUGGCUCAGGUCUUUCAGGCAUUCCUUUCAUUUGACUUCAUUUCAUGACAUCUUCCACAAAAUUGGGGAUAACUUAUGUUUUGUUGGCACUGUGCUUCAUAUCUCCAUUACUGAAAGGUUUUGGUGUAUCUGCCUUUGAGUUUAUUUUCAUGGGAAAAUUAUAAGAAAUCACCAGUUUGUCCUUAAUGAUAGAGUACAAAACAGGCUACAGCAGAGGAAAAGAAUUUAGUUAGCUGAUGAAGUAUUUGAUUCAGAUGUAAGGAAUCCUCGACAAAGGCUCACUGUGAGGGCAUUUGAUUACCUAGGUUGGAAUUUUUAAGUGGACAUUAGGUGUCCAGGUUUAGUGUUACAUUGAUGGCAGCACGGGUAUAAAUUUAGUAGAUGUGCUUGGUCUCUUUUUGUCAAUCGUCAUGGUAAAUAUUGAGGUACUUGAGUUUAGUUGGCAUCAGACGGCUGAUAAAAUAGAUAUGCGUGAGAUUCAGAUACACAAGUGCCACUCUUGACAAGCCAGCUUUAAUGUAUGAAUAUCUAUUUUUAAUAUACAAGCAUAUCUUGACUCAAAAAAAAAGUGUUGGAUAUAUUUUCACAAAAUUGUUAGAAAACCAUUGUAGCUAGAAUGUAUUUCAGAAAGUGUUUUCAGUUCAGUACUAUAGUUUUGGCCUCAAUGAAAUAAUAUAAAUGCUUUGCCAGUGCUAAAAAUGUUAACAAUAGUAUUAUUCAGUGACUUUGAAUUGAGCCUAGUAUUUCUUCGCCUCAUAAUGCAAUGAACACAGAUAGACAGUAUUAUAUUAGAUUCAAAGGCAGUUACUUAUAGUCAAAAUUGCACUAGAACUUUGACUUGCAUUUCAUCUUCAUGAUCUUUAAUUACUGGAGCCAGUAACUUAUGUCCUGUGGAUGUAGGCAACAGAAUUACUACUGUAGCAGAAAUAGAAUAUAUAGUUGAAAGAUCACAAAACAAUCAUUUUAUUAUAUUACUCGGGAUGAUUUAAAGGACUUGUCCCACAGCACUAGCCUGAAAUAACAGCAUCUAGUUGAUACAGGAGCUUUGCAAGUAACAUACAAUAAGUAACAUGGGAUCACAUAAAGAUAAGCUGCCCUAGUUAUUUUAAGGGUGGGCUUGGAUAGGUUAGGUUGGGUUAUCAAAUCUAAUCUGAUCCACCCUUACCUUAUCUUAAAAGCUUGGAUACCUGAUCUUUAUGUGAUCUGUAAUAUAACACUGACUGUGCUUUUGAAGAGAAAGUCAGAGUUCUCAUCAAGAAUAUGUUAAAAUAGAACCUGUGUGAUGUUGGUGUUGGGGAAUUGAUUGAGUUGAGAAUGUUAUUGAUAUGUUAUGCAGUGUUUUCUUCUGCAGUUGUGUUCUUGUUGUUGCUAUGUGAUCACGAACGGAAAUUAUUGAUAUUACACGUUACAGCUACUUUGCAACGUCUGUCUUUAUGUUACAUGGGCGUUUGUACAUCUGCACAACAUGAAUAUAAAUCCUCGCACUAUUCCAUGUCCAGUAUGAUGAUGACCAGCUGUCGAUGGUUUGAGUGAUACCUAGGAGACAUCAUUCUCACACCUUUGUUUGUACUUUACCUCUUAUGGCAUUAUUCUUUCCACUUAUCCACCAGAAGCACAAGAAACCAAAUUUGCUUUUUCGUCUGUAAUUAUAUUCCCGUCAUAACGUUAAGGCAUUGUGUUGCCUGUUUGAUGCGUGUGUACCAGGAGGCAUUACCCAUAACUAACUGGCUUAUUGGUGGUUUGUGGUCCCAGCAUUGUUAUAAAAAGUUCACAUUAAGAAGAAGCUUUAAUGAAUGGAGUGUUGGUAGUGUUAUUAACCGACUAAUAACCACAUCCAGAAUCCUCACUCUGGGGUUGCCUAACCUCUUCUAGCUGUUAUGACUCACUUUUACAGUGUUGUGUGGCAGUGGUGUGUGUGUGUGUGUGUGUGUGUGUGUGUGUGUGUGUGUGUGUGUGUGUGUGUGUGUGAGAGUAUGUGUAUGAUGACAAAGGCCUCACAGGGAUAUCACAGUCAUGGUGUGGACAGA